ACGGAAUUAAAUUAGCAAGAUGGCGGCGAUAUUUUACUCUCGUCUUUGUAUAAGAAACAGUAGUCGUUUAGCGAGUUCACUUGCACGGCCUGCUUUUGCUUCCUCGCCUAUUUCUUGCUCACCGAGAGUUCAAAGUGUGGUUUUCAAAAAGACAGUGCAUUCCUCGGCAAAUCGCAAAGCUGAGCUUGAAAUUUCCCCAUCACAGCCAUCAGCCCAUUGGAAGGGAGAGCGCUAUGUCAGUGUGGCACUGCUGACAUUGAUUCCUGCAGGAAUCAUUUACCCAUCAGCUGUUGUGGACUGGGCUCUAGCAGUUGUUGUUCCUCUUCAUAACCACUGGGGUGUAGGCCAAGUGUUAACAGACUACAUUCAUGGUUCAUCUAUGCCAAAAGUGGCCAAAGGAAUAUGGCUGGCUGUGUCAAUCUUACAGUUUAUUGGUCUGUGUUAUUUCAAUUAUGCUGAUGUUGGAAUCUGCAAAGCUGUCAGUAUGAUUUGGCACAUGUAACAACUGAUAUGGAUUGUAAAGUUUGGAUUAAUGUCAGUAUCUAAGUAACUGAACACCUACCCCUUCGUAACCCAAUAUUAACCUUAACUUUUCAUCAGUUGACUAUUUUAAGGUUAUAGGGGAGGG